ACGUUCAAUGAUGCCAAACAAUCGGAACGCUACGGCCAGAGAAAGGCUGCGAAAAAAACUUUCCGACCGGCAGAAACUUGCCACGUUGCGGGCCAUGAUAGCAGGCUUCUUGGCCGAUCAUGCUCUUUUUGAAAUCAAGCAAAACAACAGCGGCGACCUUUUUACGUAUAAUGCGCUCAUGACCUGGCGUCCAACGGUCGUUAAAGCGAUUUCGAAAGAGCUGUCGACUGAUCACCUGACGUCGAUCCAGGCACGUUUGAAAGACGAACAUGAACAGCGUCUGCGCGAGCUCAUCAUCGAGCAAGAUGGCGACGAUGAUAAUCAAAAGCUUCAAAAGUUUGUGCGAGACUUUCUGAUCAACGUCGGACAAGCAAAUGGCCAAAAUAUUUCCAUCAAGUUGAAUGGUGAAGUUGCCAUUGAUUCGGAUUCGCUCGAUCCUGAAGUGCGCCACAAGGUCGAGGCUUUUUUUGGACGUCGUGUGGGUGCCAUCCGAAUUCCCAGCGAAAAAGUUGUUGCCAACAAUGCCCCCACGAAUCUGUCUUCUGUCUUGAAAGCUGCCUUGGGUCACGUUGAUGCUAAUGGGCGCGAAGACGCGGUCAGAAAUAUCAUUAAGGGCAUUACGAAUCAAAAGAACAAGAAGCUUUGGACCAAUUGCCAUGCGAGCGUUCUGGACACUGUGCUCGUAUGGAACAUACACGCGAAGCUGGCUGAAUCAUAUGCAGAAUGGUGCCAAGGUCCCUCUCGAUAUGACACACAAACGAUCCUGUGCGAGAAGCUCAGCGCGGUAGCAGGUGGCCUAUUAGUGCACAAUCAGCUCUCAAGGCCAGUCCUGACUGAAGACGUCUUGGAGGCAACGGCAAGCUUGUUUGAAAAACAAAUUGGUGUUUCUCAAUGGAAAGAAACGCUUUCAAGCGUGCUCGCAGCUCUCAAGACCAAGCGAAACAAAUCGGUGGCUCAUGCGAUUCAACGUGCAAAAGUUCAAGAGGACAACCCAAACACAGGCGCAUCAUUUCUCGCCCUAGAUCAAGCACGGCUGAGCAGCAACGUUGCUGGGUUGUGUUGGCAAAUGCCAUCCAAACCAUCAAACAUCGACUUGAAACAUUUGUUCGCACACGUCAAUGGAGUGUCGAGCAUCCUUUUGUAUGAUCUUGGCUUCAAGUCCUACUUUCGCCCGACCGACGCAAUCCCCGUCAACUUUCGAAGAGUUGACCGGCCACAGAACAGCGAUCCUCCUGUCGAUUUUGAAUGCAAUGCUCUUUUUUAUCUCAGCCCAAGCUCCUGCAAGCUUCAACUGGCCUUGCGUGAUGCGAUCAUUGUUCGUGACGUAGCGCAGACCGUCUGCAACAUCAGUCAGGCAGGCACAGAUCUAUGGCCGACCACACACGGCGUGAAGGAAAGUUUGGUUGAACUCUCUUUUCUCGCCGCCAACAUAUUGCAUCCAUCCAUUCUGAAAGAUUGCCCCUGGCUCUUUGACGCGGACAACUCCUUUAAGGUUCUAAGAAAUCGCUUGGAGAAGCUUCACGACUACUUUUUAGGGCAUCCGACCCAACGCUUGUUUUUCAAAAAACAGGCGUCUGGAUUUCUAGAGGAGACAAAUGAAUGUCUUUUAACGUUCAAAAAAGCAAGCAGCCUGAUCGCCUUGUGCAAAACAGUCAUCACCAAGAUUAUUACAAGAGCAGAUGAUGACUGGACCGUUGACAGGCUUGUUGAGCGAAGCAAAAAGACUCAACUCAAUAUCGUGAUCAAGUGUGACCCCCCAUCCACGCAGGUCAAAUGCAAAAUCAACGAGCACGAUGCCCCUCAAGACCUGGUGGUUGAGGCUGACAUGGAGCCUGCAGAUGAUACAAGUAUCAUGUGUCUGACUCAGACGGUGAAUGCCGACGUUCGCUUGAGCAUCGAGAUCACAAUCAAUCGUGAAGGAGCUGAGCCACAGGUGUGCCAGCUUGACUAUACCCCAGUGGGCGCACUUCCCGUGGAGCCUUUGUACAUCAACAUCUAACAACCCGACACCAAUGCUUUGAAGAACUGCUCGAUGUUUUAGUGUCUCGCUCCUUCUGCUCCCAAAUUGAUACCUUUGGAUG